GCCUUUCCGCGGCUGCUUUGUAACUUUCCGGGUGUGUGGGAAAGCGGCGCACAAAUAAAUAAAGCGCCUAAUAAUAAUAAUAAUAAUAAUAAUGACGAUGAAUUAAGUAAUAAAAAACAGCGCCACCGCCCUGUUUCCCUCGCCGGCUUCCUUCCCUCUCCGCGCGGCGCCGCCUUCCUCCCUUCCUGCCCUCAGAGUCUCCCCGACGCGACCGAGGCCCAGCGAGGCUCCCGCCGCCUGAGGAGAAGAAGCCGCGAGCCCGCCUACCUGAGGCCGCCCCUCCGCGAGGGAGGCGGAGCAGGACCGGCUAGGCCCGGCCUCCUCGCCGCCCUCUUCUCGCUCGCCUCCCGCAGCGUCUUCUCCUCAGCCGCCAUCAUGGCUGCCGCGGCCGCUUCUUCGUCGGCCUCCUCGUCGGCCUCCGGGGCCUCGGCUCCGGCGGGCUCCAGCGCGGCGAGCUCCGGGGGUGGCGGUGGCGGCGGAGGCGGCAGCGCUUCGGGCCUGACGGCUUCUCUGACGGGCACCAUGAACAGGAAGAAGAAGCCCUUCUUGGGGAUGCCCGCGCCGCUGGGCUACGUGCCGGGCCUGGGCCGAGGGUGAGUGGGCCGAGGCCGGGCGCUGGAGUUGGGCAGCGGCCCCGGGAAGUGGGGGCGGCGGCGGCGGCGGCGGGUGGGCCGAGGCCCGGCUGCCUCCUCGAGGCCUCCUCGCGUGGGCCCUCCUCGGGUCAGGCCUUUCCCUCCCCGCCCUUGCAGCGUUUCUUUGCUCGGCUCUGAGGUGCCCACGUUGCGCGUGGAAGGUGCCUCUGACCAUACGCAGAGUGCCUUCUCCGCAGACCAAGGCGCGCGGGUUUGCGUGGGGCCUUUAAAAGGCUUCAAGGGCCCGACGCCUAGAGCAUGUGCAGAGUUUCUUUUUGCUUCCCGAUUGUACCCAUAGGCAGGGUGAUUUCCUCCUCAGAGCAAGGCGUGUCUGUGUAGCCUUUGAAAGGCUUCAAUGUCCCGACGCCAGGAGCAUGUGCAGAGUUCUUUUUGCCUUCCAAUUCCUACAUUGCAGGGGGCUGUACUAGAUGACCCUCAGGGGUCCCUUCCAACUCUGUGAUUCUGUGAAAGGAAACGGCACCCUUCCCUGAAUAGUACUCUUUCCCCCCCAUUUUUAAAAAUUGGCAAGUUACGAAAGAUAAGGAAAUAAUGAAAACAUGCUGUGAACUGCCCUGAGAUCUGUGGAUGAAGGGCGGUAUACAAAUUUAAUAAAUAAUAAUAAUAAACUCACCCUGUGGCUUUAUUAUUACUGUAUUAUUAUUAUUGUUACUACUACUAAUGUAUUUGCCUUUCAUUUUUUGGAAAGUCUAUUUAUGUAUAUUUUACUUUUUUGCAUUUAUAACCCUGCUUUUGGGAGAAGGGUGUUGUGUCUCCUCUUCCCCCACAAAGCUCAGAUACGCUUUGCAACCUAGGAAGUUUAUUUUAACACUGACUCAGCCAACUCAAUUGUGCCCCAGUGCAGGAAAAUGUUCAAAAACAAAGCCAUGUGCUUUGUGUCAGAGGACGGUGACUCAGGUCUGCUUCCCUGGAUAGGUUUUUGUUUGAAAAUCCAUAUUGGAUAUCUAUUUUUUUUUUUAUCCUGACAUGUUAACAUUGGUUGCAACGAAAAGCACCACAGCAGCAAAAGUCAGCUGAUUUCUUGGGAUAUUUUCAGUCUCAGACACAGAGGUAUGCCAGUAUAGGAUGGUCAUCUGUUAUGAAUGCUUGAGUUGAGAUUCCUGCAUUGCAAGGGGGGGGGGUUGGACUAGAUGGCCCUCGAGGGUCUCUUCCAACUCUACAAUUCUGUGAUUCUCUGGGUGCCAAUAUUGUGCAAGUUUAGACACUCACUGAAGACCUGCUUCAGUAUUUUAUAUUCAGUAUAUGUACGCACUUGAAAGAUGUCCUAAUGUUUUAAAAAGACAACAAAAUGAACUGGACUCCUUGGCAGGUUUUGAAUAAACAUACACAAAUUUAUUGAUAACAUGCUAGAUAGAUAAUAUAAGGAUUUAUAUAAUUUUAUAAUAUGCAGAGAAUAACAUGUGUUGAGAAAUCAGAGAGGAGCUGAGGGAAGACUCUGCGGGGGGAGGCAAGGUUUGAUGGGGAGUGGGGGAAAAGGGGGAAAAAUAAUGAAUAUGAUAUGUUUUGAUAUAUUAUGUUGAGAUUCUUAAUAAAAAACUUUAUAAAAAAGAAAAAAAAGAAAUAUGUCCUAGCGUGAUAAAAAAGGUGAUAAAAGAUAUAUAUAUAUAUAUAUAUAUCAGUAUAUAUAUCAUUUAAGGCACACUGGUAAUCUUGGAAAGUAAAGAUUAGCUUUUAAAAUUUGCAGAUGUUUUGCUUCCUGAGCAUCCAGGGACUAUUCUCCCUUGCUACAAUUGAGGGGUUAUUUGCAAGUCUGGGUUUAGGUAGGACUUGGAGCAGGGUUUCUGAAUUUGAAGGACUGGUGCCCAGUCCCUUGUCUGAAAUCCCUCAUACUGAACUGGCUGCUUUCUUCUGUCUAGUGCUACAGGUUUCACUACCCGCUCGGACAUUGGCCCUGCUCGGGAUGCAAAUGACCCUGUGGAUGACCGCCAUGCUCCGCCAGGGAAGAGGACCGUUGGGGACCAGAUGAAGAAAAACCAGGCUGCGGAUGACGACGAUGAAGAUCUGAACGACACCAAUUACGAUGAGGUGAUGCAUCUUUGGCCUUACUGUCUUGAUGGACAUUAAUGGCAAUGUACACAUAAAGCUACAUUGUGCUCAGACCAUUGCCCCCCUUUAGCCUGUCUACUCUUACUAGCUGUGGUUCUGUGGGGUGUGCUUAGUGGAUAACGGGGUUCUUGCAGUUAACACUACCUUUUUGUCAUUUGCAGUUCAAUGGAUAUGCUGGAAGUCUGUUCUCCAGUGGACCUUAUGAAAAAGAUGAUGAGGAAGCUGAUGCGAUUUACGCUGCUUUGGAUAAAAGGAUGGAUGAAAGGAGAAAAGAGAGAAGGUAGGAGGUUAUUUUUUUUAGCAUUGAGAUAAAUGCUGGUUGUAUCUGGGGCCUCUGCACUGGAACCUUGCCUGUUGCUUCUCUGGUUAUAUGUUUGGCCUGAACAUGGGGUCCUGAAGUAUUAAAAGUACUUGCUAUCUCCCUUUUGGAAAUAGGAAUGGGUGCCUGCAUGGUUGACUCCUGUGCUUUUUUUAUUUUUUAGAGAACAGCGUGAGAAAGAAGAGAUUGAAAAGUACCGAAUGGAACGGCCAAAAAUUCAGCAGCAGUUCUCAGAUCUGAAAGUAAGGAGAGAAAAAUGUGUGUGUGUGUUCUCCAAAGGUGAAAUCAGAAAAUUAUGUUGGGGAGGAGGGGGGUCAGAAAAAUGUUUGUGUAGUAUGUGUUGGAUAUCAAUUAUUAAAUCAAAGUGGACCAGUGAAUAACAUAGGACUUCAGCUUGGGAGACCUAGGUUCAAGUACUGACUCUCCAGACCACUUGGAGUGUCUAUUCCUCAUUCACACACCAGGAAUAACUUUUAAGAAGUUGCGGAUGAAAAAGAGGGAGAAAUCAAAACUGUAUUUCAGUGACACACUGAUUUCAACUAUGGCACUGUAAUUAUGUUGUCUGCAUUUUUUGUAGAGAAAACUAGCUGAGGUCACUGAGGAAGAGUGGCUUAGUAUCCCUGAAGUUGGUGAUGCAAGGAACAAACGCCAAAGGAAUCCACGUUAUGAGAAACUGACUCCUGUUCCUGACAGCUUCUUUGCAAAGCACUUGCAGUCAGGCGAGAAUCACACAUCCGUGGAUCCCCGGCAAACGGUGAGAAAGCGGGGGACGGAUACAGGUCCACCUGAGAGAGGUUUCUUUUGUAACAUAGUUUUUGUUCAUUUUCAUCUUUAAACUGUUUAACUUGGUUGCAUUGAGAGCUGUCUUUGUUUGCAUUAGAGCAUGUGACAUGCAACAAUUACAUAAAAUUAAAAUAAAAGAUAAAACAACAAUAGGCACUCGGGCAAACAUUUCCAAGUAUAUUAACAAAGUUGCGACAAGGUGUUUAUACCAAAGUUAUUACAGAUAGGAAAUAAUGUAUAGUAAUGUUUUAUUGUUUAGAUUGGUGAUCAUAAGUAAAAAAACAUUUUGUCUCAAUAACAAUUAGAAUUUAUAGAGAGGGGGAAGGGGAAAAAAUAAAAUACAGUGGUAUCUCGGGUUACAUACCCUUCAGGUUACAGUCUCCGCUAACCCAGAAAUAGUACCUCGGGUUAAGAACUUUGCUUCAGGAUGAGAACAGAAAUCAUGCUCCGGCGGCGCAGCGGCAGCGGGAGGCCCCAUUAGCUAAAGUCGUGCUUCAGGUUAAGAACGGAUCUCCGGAACGAAUAAAGUACUUAACCCGAGGUACCACUGUAUGUGCUUCAUGCACAGCAGACUGUGCUGUAAACUGUGGAUACUCUUCCAUCAUAUGGCUCAUUAUUUGUGUAAUCAUUAAAGUCACACCAGACUGCAUAAAAAUUGUCGGAGCAACUUUAAAGUUAAUGCCUAUAAACAUUCCUCUGCUGAUGGGAAUGGAAAGGAAUUGGCUGCUACAGGUCAGGGACAUUAUUUGCAUUGAAUUCUUAAUUCCAUCCACCCCUGUGAAUCCAACAUUUUAAUCUGGACACUGUCUGAGUUUGGGCAACCUAUGAAGGGAGGAGAGCCAGUUCCCUUCAAAUCCUCAGUGUGAUCAGAAAGAUCAUGUGCUGCAGAUUUUGCAGGUCUACCUUUUCGGAUUAAAGGUGGGGUAUUGAUUAUUUGUAUGCUCCCCUGAUUGAAAAAAAAUCCUCAUAUUGUUGGCCCAGUUCUGUGGCAUGAUCUUUCCCAAGAGGUUCAUCAAUGUUCCUCUGUUUUCAUACUGCUCGUCUGUUUCGAAAGGCUAUUUGCUAGUGUGGAGGUAGGAACAUAUCACAGAAAGUUUUACCAUUUUGUUUGUUUCUGCUUUUCUAGAUGUGUCUUAUGGUGAGUUUUUAUGACAUUCUUUAAAUUACAUUCUAUAAAUUACAUUCCAUAAAUAGCAAUGAGCCACCUUGGGUGAUUGUGGGAAGGUUUUGUGUGGAAUCAGUGUUGCUUCUAAGUGGAUAUCAUGGUUCCAACUUCCUCUCUGAUAUAUAAGGAUAAGCUUAGAAAGUUCGCUAACCCUUCAGUCAAAUUAUCUUUAAUAUAUAGCUAGUUGACUAGUUUCUGCUAAUGCAGCAAAAUAUGUCUGUGUAAAAGCCACUUUCCAACAUUCUGUCAUGUUUUAGCCUUCACCCCAGUGAUAUGUUCUGGUGUCCUGCUUUACUUUCUCUAGUACAAGUGAGAAAACUAAAGCCCUGAUCAUGGAGGCAGUAGUACAGUGACAGCAAAGCUUUCUGUUCCCCUUGGUGACCAUCAUUUUGUAGUGAGCCCUGGCAGCAUAUAAUCCUGUACACAACCCACUUACCACAAAGAUGAGAGUCCCCUCCCCUCCCACUAAAACUGAUGGCUAAGAUUAUGGUGGAGACUUGGGUGUUCUUUUUGCACUAGAGACUUUAACUUAUUUGGUUUUGCCCCUUCCUUUUUUUAAAAAACAGCAAUUUGGUGGGCUGAAUACUCCCUUUCCUGGGGGCUUAAACACACCUUAUCCAGGAGGAAUGACACCUGGGCUGAUGACUCCUGGGACAGGUGAGCUGGACAUGAGGAAGAUUGGCCAAGCUAGGAACACCUUGAUGGACAUGCGGCUCAGCCAGGUAAGCAUCAAGGAACAAAGCGGAUUUUUGUUGCUUAUUGAACCUGACGAACGAAAUUGGGCCUUAGAACUGUCAGCUUUGUCAUCCAGAAAAGUGAGUGCUUGCCAUUGAGAGGUUAUUUUUCAGGGUUAUACUCCCCAACCCCAAAUAUAGGGUUGUUGGAACAAAGAGUGUAGGGGGGGUUUCCCAAUUCUGCACAACAAAGUGAUCUUAUUUUCUGAGUUUCUUUUAAGUCUGUUUGUGUGCAUGUUAGUGAGGCUUGAGUGAUAAACUUUAAUGAUGCUGGCUACAAAAUCUGGGCCUGCUGAAGAGGCCAGAGACCAUCUUGGCAGUGGAUCCUGGAAGACCUGCUCCUUGCCUUUCUGGCCUUUUCCCUACCUGGCUUGGGAGGGCAGGGCCUUGAUUGACUCCAGCUACAACAGCUGUUGAAAAACCUCUUGGGCUGUGUUAUUGUCUAGAGUGUUUUGUUUGGGUUUUUGUUGUUGUUAAUGAUACUAAUUUUUGCACCUUUGUUUUUAGAUCUUAUUAUAAUGUAUGAAGAAAUUGUUUCAGUUUGGUUGUGUGCUUUUUGACGCUUUUUAUUUGUUUAUGGUUUUUGUUAUGUUUGUGAUUGUGUAAAUCUUGUCAUGUUGUAAGCCGCCCUGAGCAUGGUUUUAACUAUGGAAAGACACCAUACAAAUAAAAUGAUGAUGGCGAUCAAACACUUGAUUAAUCAUUGGGUUUACAUCUCCAGGUGUCUGACUCUGUGAGUGGCCAAACGGUGGUGGAUCCCAAGGGCUACCUCACCGAUUUGAAUUCUAUGAUUCCCACACACGGUGGAGAUAUCAAGUAAGUCAGCGGGUGCACUGAUUUGGCUAUUAGAUUUUCUCGUCACGAGAGCUGGGUUGGUGAGCCUGUGGCCCUCCAGCUGGAUGUUGUUGAACUACAGCUCCCAUCUGCCCCAGACAGCAUAGCUAACAAUCAGGAAUGAUGGAACCUGUACUCCAGCAACAUCGGGAGGGCCAUAGGUUCCCACCCUUGGUGCAAGAAGGCCCCUUUGCUUUGAGUGAUCUGCACAUGGUUCAGGGUCCAGCCUUUGUUUGUGACACAGAAUGUAGAAACCACUAAGGUGGGAGGUACCUGACAGAACGUCAACCCCCCCCCAUCCUGUUUCCAGAAGCAAGGAUUCAAAGGACUGUGUGUGUCCCGUAGGUCCUGUUUGGCCAUUGCUUAAUGGGGCAGAGUUGACUAAAGUGGGAUGUGCAGGUUUCCCAGAAGUUGGUGCCAGCGCAUAGGCAGACCCUGCUUGCACACUCUCAAGUUGCCUCUACCUGGUUUGCCUCCAAGAGAGCAUCUUUGACUCUUACAGAUUGGCAAAUCAGCCAGAUAAUAAUACAUGUGAACAUAUACCACUCUCUUAGUUUGCUUCAAUCCACACCCGUGCCUCUUUCUCCCCUAGCCCCUUGUCUUUGUUCUCGCAGGCAAUUUUUAAAAAUCUCCUAUCCAUUCCACCAUCUUCCAGACUCUGCUUGCUAGCUCGCUUCCUUUGUUCCUUUGCUUCAUUCCUGUAACCUUCCCCACAAACCGUGGGCCCUGUUCUGUCCUCACCACUUUUAUACCUUUGCCAUAUGAUGACAUUUAUUACCCAGGAGAAGUCUGUAGUGUCGGUGAAUUGGUGUGAUGUAGAAGCAUGCCAAGUUAUUCUCGGUUCAUUUUCUCCCCUUGCCAGUGACAUCAAGAAAGCCCGUUUGCUUCUGAAGUCUGUGCGGGAGACAAACCCUCACCACCCACCAGCCUGGAUUGCGUCUGCGCGCUUGGAAGAGGUGACCGGAAAACUGCAGGUAGCACGGAACCUUAUCAUGAAAGGGACAGAAAUGUGUCCCAAGGUGAGCAUUCCAUUUUCCAGGACUCCUCCUUAAGUACCUGCGCUGGUUUCUUGUCACUUUGCACACAAAAUAAAUUCUCUUGAUCACUGUGACUUAAGGUGGUGGUGGGAACCCUUCACGCUAUAGGCCUAAUUUGGCCCAUGAGGCUGUUUACCCCAAGCUACACCCCCCCAGCCCCACACCUGAUGUCAUAUGUGAUAUUGGACAUGGCAUAGGUAAAGACACGGGGACGUGGGUGGUACUUUGGCCUAAACCACCGAGUCUCUUGGGCUUGCUGAUUGGAAGGUUGGCGGUGUGAAUCCCCGCGUGAGCUUGCUCUGUCCCAGCUCCUGCCAAUCUAGCAGUUCGAAAACAUACCAGUGCAAGUAGAUAAAUAGGUAUUGCUGUGGUGGGAAGGUAAACAGCGUUUCCGUGCGCUCUGGCUUCCAUCACGGUGCUCUGUUGCGCCAGAAGUGGCUUAGUCAUGCUGGUCACAUGACCCGUAAAGCUGUCUGUGGACAAAUGCUGGUUCCCUUGGCCUGAAAGCGAGAUGAGUGCCGCAACCCCAUAGUUGCCUUUGACUGGACUUAACCGUCCAGGAGUCCUUUACCCUUUUUUUACCUAGGUUAAAACACAGCUGUAGAGGCAGAAUGGGUAGCUUGAAGUGUGCUCCCAGUUGCUUCUUGGCAAUGCGAAUGGGAGCUUACUGACAGCCUCUGUCAGCUGAUUGAUAUUGCCAGUUCACCCCACUGGGAUUGGAGGCACUAGGGAGCUCCCAGGCGGGUUUGCUCCAUUGAAGUUUUCCAUUUGCUGGUCUACUACCCUUAGUACCGCAAGAUUGUUAUGAGAGUGCUUGGACUAGAAUUGUCAACCAAAAGCUUUAAUUUUCUGGUUUAUCACCACAACAGUUAUUAACACAGGACUUCAGUAAAGCAAAUAAUUUAAUUAGACAGUGCCUAUAUCAUACUGAGCAAGAGAAUAAUUUGGCCACGGUAAGGAAAUUAUUUCCCACCUAGUCAUUUUGACACGUUGGCACCCUAUUUGCAAAAUUUAACAGUUCCAAAAUACAGACACACUUUCACUUCAGCAAGAUUGAAUACACUGCCUUCGGCUGUACUUGAGGGUUGAUUUCAAAAAAAUUCCGUUGGAUAAUCGGUUAUUUCCAUGUGGAGAUUGGCAGUUCUGAGUCAGUGGCUCAUGUGCUUCUGCUUGCACUCUUUAUAACGAUUUGAGGAGUUAGGUUAUUAUCCCUCUAUUGUCCACGUCGGGACGCUCAACCAUUGCGACUGUGUCCUUUCUUCUAGCAGAUCAAGAUAACCAGGUGACAGCAAAAACUCCCAACAUUUUAGCAGGGGCAAUUAGAAUAAGAUCUAUUAUUUGAUUACUGAUGUAAACCUCCAAAAUGUUUUUUGUAUGGUUAAGUUUUUAUCUCUAUUUCAGUACAUUUUAUUUUACUGCUAUGGCUCGUGGCUGAUGCAAAUAAAGAUUCUUCUGAUCUGGUGCAAUUUUAUUUUUUUUAAUCCACUUGGGAAAAGGAGCGUUGUGGCUCUAACUUAACAGCUGCUUUUACAUGCUCUGGGGAAAUGUCAGUGGUGAUUAGGCAAACACCUUAAGCAUUGUGAUUUGAGGUUCCCCAUCCUGCUUUCUGGGCCCUCGUUCUCCUUUCUGCUUAUUAAAUAUUUUGCUUUGCUUGACACAUCUUUACUUUCUGCUUUCCUCCACUUUGUGCCACCUUCUGCACUGGUUCUGCUACCAAGGAUGACCAAGGCAAAAUGUGUUUGGGGCUAUUCGGAUUAUGGCAGGGGUAGGGAAGCUGUAGCCUUCCAGAUGUUGUUGGAGCGCCAGGUCCCAUCAUCCCUGACCACUGGCCAUGCUGCUUGGGCUGAUGGGAGCUGGGAGUCCAGCAAUAUAUAGAGGGCCAUAGAUUCCUUGUCCUUGGUUCAUGACGGGACAAGACGGGGGCUGGAGGGCAUGAAAGAGAACUCUGCAAAUUAUUGUGGUCUUGUUUAGUUUGAUGAAGAUGUGGACCCAAUGUGCGAUGGCAGUGGAAAGGGCAAAUCCAUGCUAGGGAUAAGUGGAAAAGGAACUGAAAAUAAAACUGCCAGUACAGAAUGUUACGAUCAGGGAAUCUAGAAUACUGCCACCUGAAUGAAUUAUGCCAGUACAGUGGUGCCCCGCAAGACGAAUGCCUCGCAAGACGGAAAACCCGCUAGACGAAAGGGUUUUCCGUUUUUCGAUGCGCUUCGCAGGACGAUUUUCCCUAUGGGCUUGCUUCGCAAGACGAAAAUGUCUUGCGAGUCUUGAGAUUUUUUUCGCUUUCCCCGCCUUUUUCUAAGCCGCUAAGCCGCUAAUAGCCUUUUAGCAGCUAAGCCGCUAAGCCUUUAAUAGCCACUAAACCGCUAAUAGUGCUAAUCCGCUAAGCCGCUAAUAGGGUUGCUUCGCAAGACGAAAAAACCGCUAGAUGAAGAGACUCGCGGAACGGAUUAAUUUCGUCUUGCGAGGCACCGCUGUACAUAUUUAACUGUAUAAUUCCAUCCUGCUUCCAGAAUCUAGUUUUCAAAAGAAUUUCGGAUUCAUUCCAUUGGUCAGAGCCAGCACACACAGGCCUCUGGUGCUACUGACAAGAACAAAUGCCCGUGUUUGCUUUUUUCCUCCUCCCUGCACAACCCCAUGCCUUUUGUGUCCUGACUUCUAGAUUGUAAGCCUGUAGGCAGGGACUGAAUUUUUACUGGUUGCUGUAAGCUGCUUUGGAAGCCUUCCCCCCCCCCCCCCUUCUUUAUCUGAAGAGUGGGAAGAAAAUCACUUUGAAUAAAUAAAUAUUUUGGGAAAGCGUAAAAAUAUAUAUUCCAACAUCGUAAUGCCUAUUAUGCAAAUUUAUGGUGCGACCGCAUGUGGAGUACAGUUUGAAAAGGUUCAGGAAAGGGCCGGUGAAAUGAUCAAGGGGAUAAAGCAACUCCCCUAUGUAGAAAGCCUGCCGCAUUUGGGACUUCUUAGUUUGGAGAAAUGGCAAGCAAGAGGCAUUAUUGCAAGUAAACAACAUGUUCCAGCCAGACAAAAGACUCUAGGGUGGUGCAGACAGAGCAGGGCCAGUGAAGAGUGUGACUUGGGGAGAAGGCAUAGGAAGGGUCACACAGGCCAGGUAGAGGCCUGGAGGCCCACUUUGAGCCUAACCUUCUCCAUCCGUUGCUUAAAUUGCAAUCCAGUGUCUCUUUCUCCUGGUUUCCACAGAGUGAAGAUGUCUGGUUGGAAGCUGCCCGCUUGCAGCCGGGGGAUACUGCUAAGGCUGUGGUUGCCCAGGCCGUUCGCCACCUUCCACAGUCAGUCCGGAUUUACAUCAGAGCAGCAGAGCUGGAGACUGACAUCCGAGCAAAGAAGCGUGUCCUUCGGAAAGGUGAGAGAGAGCUGCCUUUGAAGUGCUGCAGGGUGCUGCCUUUGAAGACAAGUUUGGAAAUUACGUUUAGUUCAGGGUGCAGCUGCUGGGCUAUUUACUAGGACUGAGCAAGGGGACUUCAUCUCGCCUGUAUUGAAACACAUGCCUUGACUCCUGGCCUGUUUCCAAGCUCACCUCAAAAAAGCGUUGGACGGAAAAGUACCGUAUUUUUUGCACCAUAACACUCACUUUUUUCCUCCUAGAAAGUAAGGGGAAAUGUCUGUGCGUGUUAUGGAGCGAAUGCCUGCGGGUGGCGGGGGGGGAUCUGCUGCAGUCGUGAGCAGAGGAUCUAUGGUUCCCCUUCCUUCCCUCCUCCGUGGUUACAAAGCAUGGAUCCACAUGGAUCCUCAGGAUUUUUGCAUUGGGCUACUCCAAACUCACUGUCAGAUCACAUGUCUGUGGCCACAGCAUGAACCACAAAAAUCAUAUAUCCACUAUUUUGUUUAGAAUAUUUUUUUUCUUGUUUUCCUCCUCUAAAAUCUACGUGCGUGUUAUGGUCUGGUGCGUGUUAUAGAGCGAAAAAUACCGUACUUGCCUUUUUAAAACUUAUGCCCCGGGUCCUUGUUAGACUGUUUUUACCCCACACAACUCUGCUCGAGUCACCAAGAUCAUUAACUGGAGGCUCUCCUCUGUUUGCUCCAUUCUUCGGAAGGAUGUUGGGUGCCAGGUAGGGAGAGGACCUUUUUGGUUGUGGUACCUUUUGAAUUUCAUCUCUGGGGUAGCUCACCUGACACCUGCUUUAAUUUUUUUGAUGCCAGGUGACUCUCCUGAUUCAUUGUGCUUUCAUCUGCUGGCUCUUUUUUGUCUCGGUGGUUUGAUAGAAGUAAGGGAUGGAAGCAGGCAGUCAUAACGCACAACCUAGAUGGCCCCUUGAACAAGAUAGACACGUAGAGUCUUUUUAAAAAAGCUGUCAUGAUGAUUGCAGCUGGGGAUCCACAGAUAGUCCUGGUUCAAUACCAGCUUUGUCCCUUCAGGGUGGUAGGAUGAUGGUAGUUGUGGGGUGUCUAAUCUCUGCUACUCGGCACGGCCCGUAUCCAAAGCCAAAGGUGCCGCCUGCCCCUUGGAACUUGGAAAGCAUGAGUUUGCUUCUGCUGCGCUGAGCUUGCUGGAAGCAACUAUAGUGGGUGAACGUGUAGCCCUCUGGUUAUAGAUCGGCGCUUGAAAGGAGAAUAUACAAAGACCAAACUUUUAAACCUUUUGUAAUUAGUUAACAUAUACACUCCUAUUUUCUACCAGAAAAUUUUGGCCUACGUAAGUACGUAUUUACAUAGAACACUAGUAAAUUCUUACUUUUCACCCCAAAGGCAGUGGGGGAGGGGAACCUCAAGUUGUAUUUUACUCCCUCUAAAUAUUGUGCUGAACCUUAAGCUUCCAUUGUUCUCAGGAGUUAACAGAGUCUUAUGAAAUGCUAACCUUUCUGCUUGAAGCUGCUUUUCCGCAUUCUGUAAGUUGCUCUUCAGCGGCUUGGAGAAAUUAGACGUGACUUAGCCACAAGGGCUGGACCUGCUUAUACAGGUCUUUUAUCCCCAAAACUGGCACCUUGUCUCCAUGUGGAGUGUUCACCUGUGGUUGAAAGGCCAUCUGGUUAGGCCAUGUAAAUGUCAGCCUAGCCGUGCGAUGAGUUACUCAAAAGCGGGUGCUUUGUGUCUUGAUGGCAGGUGAGAGUAGUAAGGGUGGUCUCUGGAUCGGGUAUUCAUUUAGUGUUAUUUGGGCAUAUGUGAUAAAGCCACAGUAUGUGAGGCAUUCUUCCUGAUGUGUGGGAAUUGAAUCCUCUCACUGCAAGAACAUGCCGGUUUCUGCUGGGUAGUGUUUCCGAACACCAGGGCCUGUCAUCCAGCAUUUAGAGAAGUGCUUGGAGAAAACCCCCUGCUGCGACUAUAAACAUGAUGAAGGACGGCAAGCAUCCAACUAGUCAGAAUGUUGUCGCAGUAAAUUUCCAGGAAGCAUCCUUUGCUGCCUCAGAGCCUGAGGAAGAUGCAAUCAUUAUCUCUUGCGGGCUGCUGUGGAUGUAAUUAAAGAGCCAGCACCAGCUCGAUGUUUUGAGAAGGUUUUGUUUCUUAGUGCAUCAAGGCACCAGUCUCUUGCAACUCUUCUGUCUCCUCACCCGGCCUUUUCUGCCGCAUGUGUGAAAGACCAGUUGUGAUGAAUGACCCACUUCGAAAAGCGUAGUCAAGAUCAGGAGGUUCAGAAACCCAAGCAAGACCAAUUUCCGUAAAGGCUUACAGUGGUACCUCAGGUUAAGUACUUAAUUCGUUCCGGAGGUCCGUUCUUAACCUGAAACUGUUCUUAACCUGAAGACCACUUUAGCUAAUGGGGCCUCCUGCUGCUACCGCACCACUGGAGCACGAUUUCUGUUCUCAUCCUGAAGCAAAGUUCUUAACCCGAGGUACUAUUUCUGGGUUAGCGGUGUCUGUAACCUGAAGCGUAUGUAACCAGAAGCGUAUGUAACCCGAGGUACCACUGUAUAAGAAACUUUAUUAAAAGCCAAAGUCUGUAAAAAGGAAAAGCUUCAAACAAUUACACAAAUUAAGACUGCUCAAGGCUAAAAAAUAACAAAACUAUAUUAUCUAGCUAGCUGACACUUACAUAUAAAUCUUAGUAGGCUGAGGCAAAAUGCCUUCUAAGGUCUGAACAGGCGCUGACCUUCCAUGAUCAGAGAACUGCUUAUGCUCACCCCAAUCCCAUUUUUAAGGGAACGCUGACUAUGGGGGUUCACCCUUUCCGCCCAAAUAAAUCAGCACCUGCUCCCAUCAUGUGUCUGUGAUUACCGUUCGAUACUGGCAUUGAGACCUUAAUGAGAGACAGCUGUGUUUAAGCUCAUUAUUCUAGCAUUUCUAACGAAUUCCCACACAACCCGCUUGCUAGUCUUAACGGGAGAAUAUCACCACACUCCAGUUAUAAAAUGAAAGAUACCCCAUUUUCUUCUUCUUUUAAUGGUCUUACUUUAAGGUUAAGCAGCAAAUCAUCUAGCUCUGAAUUGUGCUCAGCUUUUUCCCCAUCCACCUUCAAUCCCUGUGUAACCAGGUGAUCUGGAAGGGGCAGAGUGCACAAAGUUGUAACACAUUUUGAGAGUACACACUUGAUGCACGUGGUUGGAAGUGGUGUGUGGUUCUCAUGUGAUGUUUUUAACCUGGGUGCUACAGAAAUGAAUUCAGCAAAGAGGAUUGUGUUCCACCUUUCUGAUCUAACUGGCUGCCUCCUAGACAAGGAUGGGGCAAGUCGCAUGUCCAGUGUAAGGACUUGAGCUUGCAAUAGCUCUUUGAUCUGGUGACCGGAAUACCUCUUGAGUCCCAUAAAAGCUGCUAGAUUAGGCCUGUUUGCUGGUCUGACCAGCUGGACUUGAUCUUUCCAUAUUGUCUCACCGUGAGGCUCAGCAGAGUCAAAUUCCCCUAGUUAACCAGCCUUUCUUCCCAGCUUCUGGUUGUCUUUCCUUCCUGGGAAAAGAGAGUUUUUGGAUUCUAAGGAUCGACAACUAAAGACCCCUUGAUCCAAGUACUUGUUCAGCCAGUAAGCUCACUCGGUGCUUUUUCUUUGCCCAUAACUAUCUCACAGGGUGGUUGAUAUGAUAACCGUCCUAUUUAUGCCACCCUGAAUUUCUUUUGAGGAAGGGUUGGGCAAUUAAUAGGUAAUAAUCCAAGUUGUGGGCCAUACUUCCCCCACCAUGCAUAAUUAACAAUGCAUCCAUCGCCACCAUUAGUGUAAUUAAUGCAUCCAUGCCUCUGCAUUCAGAGUUGCAUCCGGUUUCUCAUGGGGCUGUAGUGACAUGAGUUAGUGACUGCUGCUGUAGAUGGCAGCCCCUCGUCUCUUUCUCUCCCCUCUCUACAUUCAGCAAUGUAAAAAAGUGUGAUGAGACAUCUUCAUUUUGAAAGUUUCCCUGCCUCAGCUUGCUUCAAUGAGUUCUGUUUCCUGGAGCAAGAGAAGUUACGGUUGUCCCAUGUGUUUGUAUGCAUUGCUAAACAUCAUGGUAGGAGGGCAAGGGGAGACAUGGAGCCACUCCCCCCUCCCACAACUAAAUGUGUGCUAUGUUGUUACACGGAGUAUAUCAUUUUCCAUGAAGAAGAUACAGAUUUGUGGAAGUUGAAAGUUUUAGUCCCAAGGUCUUGUGAUUUUUUUCUCUGGCUUUGGUUGCCAAGACCUGGUUCUGCCUACACAGCUGAAGUGCUCAGCAGCAAUUGGUAGGAAGGAGUGUUCUGGUUUGAUUGUUUUAUAGUUAAGGUGCCCAGGACAUCAUGACGAUACAAGAGCCAAAUCACUCCCGCCAGCCUUCUUCCCAGCCUUACGAGCUGGGUGGUGGUGAGCGGGGAUUGCCAGGGAAUUCUGGGGACGGUUUUCUUUCUCUUCUCCCCCACCCCACCAGAAGCUCCAUGGGUGGAGGGAAGCAUUGCUAUUUAUCCUGCUCCCUGGAUGUGAUAGCACAUUCACCGAGGCAAGCAAAAGGGUGGAAACCCCGUUCAGGCAGAUUGGCAUUUUGCCCAUAAAAUCGUUUCAUUCAGUUUUCUAGGUUAUCCACAUGCAGGAAGAAAGAGGACUCUUUCUGUUGCCACCUUGGAUAUGAGGUUCUGCAGUAGUGUUUGAAACUCCCGUUGUUCUAGGCGCAUUUUGCGACAGGGAAUUUCAAUAGCACAAGCAGUUUCUGAGCUCUGAAUGCAGUGCUGCGCCUAAGAUUUCAGAUUAAAACUGCAGAGUGGAAGGAAAGGAGGACCUUUUUCUGCUUCCCCACUUCCAGCUACUUUCUGAAGACUGGAGAAGAGACUCUCUUAAAAGUGUUUAGAGGGGGUGGGCAGGGGAAGGACUACUCCAUGUGACAAAUGAACAUACCGUAUUUUUCGCACCAUAGGACGCACCGGACAAUAGGACACACUUUGUUUUAGAGGGGGGAGAACACGAAAAAAAAAAUCUCCCCCUCUCUGCCCAGCGCCCCUUCAGCGAAGCGGCAGGAGGCACUGCGCAGAGAGGGGGAGAACUUUCCCCCUCUUGUUUUCCCGCUCUAAAACAAGGUGCCAUUUAAGGUGCGUUCAGGCGGCUACCUUGGAAGCCUGGAGAGCGAGAGGGGUCGGGAGCAGCGGAAAGGCGCAGCGGAGAGGCUCCUGCCAUAGCCGUGCGUCACCUCUCCAGCCGGGAGAGGGUCGCGGGGCUAUGGCAUCUUCGCUCCAUAGGACGCACACACAUUUCCCCUUCAUUUUUGAAGGGGAAAAAGUGCGUCCCAAAGAGCGAAAAAUACGGUAAUACUUUAGUUGCAGUUCAUUCAUUUUCAGCUUUGUCUUCUUGUUAUAAAAAGUGUGCCUAGAUGUUCUGUUGUUGCUCCCAUAACCUAGGUUUAAGGUGCCAUUUAGCUCUUAGCUUUCAUAUCUUAGUUUCUAACGCUGUUCUGCAGGUCUGCUGAAAAGGCGCUUGGUUAAAAUUGCCUUUUUAGAGUCUCUUUUCAUAAGCAGAGGGAGAGACUGCCCUGGGUUGCUGAAGAAAAUCAUCCUUGGGCUCAGCAGCUUUUUCUUUAUUAAAGCCAGGCCUUAGCAUUUUAAGAAAACUUUUCCAAAACAAUCUGUUUUAGGGGCACGGUAUUGAUUGCUUUUUGGAAGAGUGUCCUUUAAAACUGCCCGCAACUAUUUUGAAAAGCAAAGCAGCUAGUUGUGUGGGUCCAUUUAGAGAAAUGUUCCAAACAGGAAGUGAGAGGGAAAAAAUAAUGCCUUUUAUUAGAACCAGCCCAAAUUCACAAUGUGCUGUUGAGCGUUUCAAGUUGUACAGAACUUCUUCCUCAAGCAGGAUGUUAAGGCCAAAAAGAAAAGUAAGGGAGACAAGAGAUUUAAGUAUGCAUUUGGUCACAGAGGAAGCCUCUGCAGAAUUAUUAGGUUAAGAUUUGAGGUUUUUGCAAAAAAAAGAAGCCUCAGAUUAUGCUUGCUAAGGUGAACAGUUGAGCUGUCAUUCAAAUCUGCCUCUUGCACUAUUUGAUUCUAUAAUAACUUUGCCGUCUAAAUGUAAGAAAGCUGGAGAUGGAAUUUUAGAAAACGUCAAAGCUACAGAAGAAAUAGAAGCUAAAUAAUUUUUCCUCCCCAUUAGGGCAAGUCACCCUUUUCUUAGGACAGCAUAUUCCCACUCCCCAAAUCUAGGAUGCCACUGACAGUUUUGUCAGUCAUCACUGGCAGUUCACCUGCACUCUUCAGAGGUUUUGCCCCUUGUGGUGAAUCUGCAAGCAAUGCUCUAGUGAUCGUUUCCAGGUCAUCAGUCUACUCUGGAUAAGACUCCUUCAACCUAACUGAUCUUUUUUUCCUUUUACUCUUUUCUAGCACUGGAGCAUGUUCCAAACUCUGUCCGCUUGUGGAAAGCAGCUGUGGAGCUGGAAGAGCCAGAGGAUGCCAGGAUAAUGCUCAGCCGAGCUGUGGAAUGCUGCCCCACCAGCGUGGAAGUAAGCUGGCAAAUCCCUCCCAUUCACCGCUUCAGACUGUGCUCUGGGUGGUCUUGUAAUAAGACUGGGAUGAAAAAUCUCAGAUGACAACUGUGGAAUUUGAGGGCGGGGAAGACAGUGGCCCCCAAAUGAAAAUGAACUGGGGUUUGUUUGUUGCUUGCCACUCCCCAGUUUAGCAGUGGGAAGUACAAAGGAUAGGUUCCCCCCAUCUCUCAAAUUCAUCUGAGAACUGGAUGGGAGAUCAACUUCCAUGGCUACUGGGAAGAGUUCUUUUUUGCUACCACUUCAAAUUUAAUUCACUCCCAUCAAAAUUAUCCCAUCCUAUUUUACCACUCUCAAAUAAUGAGUGCGCAUGCUUCAGUUCGGCGAAGCUGCAUCAUUAAAAUCCAGUCGAAGCCUCUAAUUACACAAAUGUAAUCCUAGCGAUUUCUCAUCUGUAUGGAUCUCAUUUCGAAUGUAAAAUGCAACCCACUGGGCAGGCAUAGGGUUAGGGUUAGGAGGAAUAACAGAAUCAUAGAAUUAGAGACUUGGAAGGGCCUUCUAGUCUAACCCCCUGCAAUGCAGGAAUGUUAACAUGCGGUUUCCCCCAUCCGAUUCGAAACCAUACCAGACCCUGCUUAGCUUUGCAGAUGUGCUAGUAGUUUUAUUGCUGCAGUCCCUCCCCUUGAAUGUGCUUCAGUCAUACAAUCCUCUUGCAAAAAGUUAAAUGAGCAGUAAUCCGUAAAUCUGAACUUCUAAAACAGAUCUUAAUUUUCAAACGCUUAUUGUGCUAUUGCAGACUUAAUACAGGCAAUCUCUUAACCAUGCCAUAAGAGUGGUGGAGCAGGCUCUGGUUUUGCUUGUGCUUCCUCCUGUGUUUUCGUUUUCUAGUGCAAAUUCCCCUGCAGGCCUUGGCUCUGGUUAAGUAUCGUGUCAGCACCAGGGUUACUCACAGUAACUCCAACCAGGGUUUGAAGCUGCUUAGCAAGCAUUGGUUAUGGCAGUGGAAUGUAGCAAAACACCAAAUUAGUUACGUUCUGGUAGUUGAGUGUUUGAUGGGUUUUUAUAUUUCUCUUCCUAUCCUUGAGAUGUUAUGUGAGAUUUUGCUGGAGAUAGACUAGUUAGCUGGGGUGUGAAUAAUUUUUGGACUUUUUCUUGCUGUUUUUAUAAAUUCCAUUUUUUAUUUCACUUUUGGCUAUUCUUGUAAUCCAUUUUUUAUUUUUUAAAAAGGGGGGAGAGAGAAAGAACAGACAUUGGAGAAUCAACUGCUGUUAAAUCUGCAUGGUGAUAAGUUCUGUUGCCUUAAUGACAACCCUUUUUGCCCUUGCAAUACAGCUGUGGCUUGCCCUAGCGAGGCUGGAAACGUACGAGAACGCCCGCAAAGUCUUGAACAAGGCCCGUGAGAACAUUCCGACAGACAGGCACAUCUGGAUCACAGCUGCCAAACUUGAGGAGGCCAACGGGAACACUCAGAUGGUGGAGAAGAUCAUUGACCGAGCCAUCACCUCCUUAAGGGCCAACGGGGUGGAAAUAAACCGGGAGCAAUGGAUUCAGGUACUGCUUUGGAUUGUCUCUUUGGAAACCCUAUUUAAGAAUGACCUCGUUUUUCACCCUAACAUGUGCUCAAGGUGGAUGCUGUGGGUAUAGCUCGAGGGGCAUUCAGUAGAUCUCACCGUAGGUCUGAGUGUCUCCCAUUUUGUCUACGAAAGCUCAGACAGGAAUAAAUGUAUCGGACCUUAAGGUAUUCCAGACUGGCAUCUGCCAAAGAUGGAUAGAGUGGGAAAAGGCAGGAGAAAUCCCAGAUGCUUUCCAGGAGUAACUGUGGUGAGAUACAGGGAGUGCUGUGGAAGAGGAGAGGUAGAUUUUGUUUUAGUUUUAAAAAAGAGGCUAUAAUCCUAUCUACACUUACCUGGGAGGAAGCUCCACCGAAUACAGCAGGACUUUUUUUAAAAAAAAAAUAUUUUUUAUUCAAACUUUUCAACGUAAAGGUAAAGGUCCCCUGACAGUUAAGUCCAGUCGCAAAUGACUCUGGGGUUGCGGCGCUCAUCUCACCUUACUGGCCGAGGGAGCCGAUGUUUGUCUGCAGACAGUUUUCCAGGUCAUGUGGCCAGCAUGACUAAGCUGCUUCUGGCGAAACCAGAGCAGCGCACGGAAACGCCGUUUAGCACAUCAAAGUGCAAGUAGAUAAAUAGGUACCACUAUGGCGGAAAAGUAAACUUUUCAACAUACAAUACUAUAAAAACUGGCUGUUGCUUCACUGUCGAGUCCCGAAUUUCCGGUGCCCGGCAUGAAUUGUAGUGAUGUUGCUUCUAGGAUGCAGAGGAGUGUGAUAAAGCUGGGAGUGUGGCGACGUGCCAGGCAAUCAUGAGAGCCGUGAUUGGGAUCGGGAUUGAGGAAGAGGACCGGAAGCACACCUGGAUGGAAGAUGCCGACAGUGUAAGUUCAGAUCCCAAGUGCAAAAGUUUGCUAACCCUGGAUCAGCUGCCUAAUGUGUGGUACUGAUGGCUCAGGAUAGUGAAUCUAGAGAGGUGAGUGGUGUGGGCUUUCUAGGAUCGGUGGCUGGUGGUAACUUUAUUUCUCCACGCUGUGCUGGCCUGCAUCUGAGCCUCCCUGAAGGGCAUGGUGCUAGCUAAUAAAAACUGACUCCAUUGGUAUUCUGAUGUGUGCAAAAGCUCUGGUCCACAGCUGUAUUUUGUGGAACUUGACUGCGUAACCUGGUGCAAAUAUGUUUAAGAAGCGUUUCUCAUUUCUUAACCUAGAGGGCUCUUUUGUUAUGCAUACUCUCUCACACAUAGACCUAUUUUGAGCACAGCAUCAACUGCCUCAUCGCAACCAAUUCCAAGUGUCUGGAUUCCAAGAAAGCAACUUGAGAUGUGACUACAUGCCCUUCCGUGAAGUCCUUGUAAAGAGGAGAUUUGCUACAUUCUCACUCCUUUCUCGUGGGUUUUGCAUUGCGGCUAUUGCAUCCAAUUUUAGGGCAAAUCGCAAGGCGAUACUGCUUCUUAGUCUGGGGCAGUUAUCCUGGACAAUGAUCAGCAUGAUGAGAGUGAUCCAUGAUCACUCUGAAUUAUUAAACUGGACUGGAAUCCACACACAUGCAUACAAGGUGGGGGAAAUCAACCCUCUUUACCAUCAUCUGGUUGACAGAGAAACUAAUACACAGAAAUCCCUUUUGUUGAGUAUGUACACACAAAAGUCAUGAAAAGACAGAUACAUAAACGUUGACCAACUUUGCUCUUUGUCGUAGAAGCCCCAAUAGUUUUGUGUUCUCGUGUUCCCACAGUGCGUCGCUCACAAUGCGCUUGAGUGCGCCCGGGCAAUCUAUGCCUACGCCUUACAAGUCUUCCCCAGCAAGAAAAGUGUGUGGUUGCGAGCAGCCUAUUUCGAAAAGAAUCAUGGAACCAGGUACGUCACAUUCGUGGUCCUGCUUGAUCCCAGUUCAUCAUGAUGGUUACUUUUGCAGGGUGUGUGUUUGCUUUCACCUGUUGCAUCUUGGGAGGGGAAACCCCUUUUGUAGAUAGGCCUAUCCCAUUUAAGGAGGAAGAUCUCUGAAAUAUCCUUCCAUGAUCCUUCUCGUAGGAUUUGUCAGGGAACUGCCAUCAGAACUGGGUGGGGUGGGGUGGGAGGGACAGUUGCGUUACAGGGAGCCUCCAAAAAUCUUGCGAAGCAGUUCCUCUUCAGGUGAUGAGUGAUGAGGAAAACCCCACCUCUAGUGGGGAAGAGGUGAAAGGACCAGAGGAUGCUGGUGGGAACCUCAGCACCACUUCUGGCAAAGCCGGCCAGGAGGGAAGCACGCCCCCUCCGUUGCCCACCCUGUGCAGAAGUCCAAAGUGCAAAGAGGGAAGGAAAAGGCUGGGCGUAACAAGGCUUUUAUGCCGGAGGAGGUCCAGGAAACAGGCACUCCCGGAUUCUGCUAGCGAUUGAGGCAGACAUGAACUUUCGGGUUCUGCACUGUAAAUAGUUUGCACCUAAAUAAAACCGGUAAAAGACAGGUCGGAGUCCUGCCUGGUUACUCGUGAGCAGCUACCCUUGCCAUCUGACAGAUUCAUUUUUUAAAGAAGUAUUGGGUACUGUGAUCCGUAAUAUGUUAAGUAGAUGGCUUGAAAGAUGCUUAUCGGCAGUGUCUUCUGGAAAGUGCGAGCUAUCCUUGCUCUGCUUCUUAUUACUCACCUUUUCCAAUGAACCACAUUGGAGAGUGUUUUCCAGAAGCUGAUUUUGUAGUUUUAAGUGGGCAGCGGUUUGUGUCGUGGUACAGCAUUUCCUGAAACCUCCUUGAUGAAAUGAGUGAGGAAAGGUUAUGGCUCUGGGCUCUUGUGACGGUAGCAAUGGCUAAUACUGGCUGACAAUACGCGGAGCUCAGCGUUCUGGGUCACUGGUGCUCUUGUUCGUCCCUGCAGGGAAUCCUUGGAGGCUCUCCUGCAGAGGGCCGUGGCUCACUGCCCCAAAGCCGAAGUCCUCUGGCUCAUGGGAGCCAAAUCGAAAUGGCUUGCUGGAGACGUCCCUGCCGCCAGGAGUAUCCUGGCUUUGGCUUUCCAGGUGAGUGUGCAUCUCUUUGCGUGGCCUUCGCUGUGUCCAUUAUCAUGGGGACAAGACGUGAUGCUACAAGCAAGAAGUGUUCUCUGCGUUGAGGGAUUGUAUUUUGUCCCAUGACAACGAAAUGCAGCGGGAUCCUAUAGCUGAAAUUUCUUAAUCACCAGAAUCCAGAUAAUCCACUAUGUGCCCUUCAUAUUUGAAUAAAAUGUUGGCUGUAAUACCCUGACUUUUCUUUACCCAAUAUUUUGGUCUUUUCAUUAAGUCUCUUGGAAACUUGGAUAAAAGAUUAAGCAUAUUGCUUAAUCUUUAUCGCAAGUGCUUCAGCCCUGAGCAGCCUUUCUCAGUGACUGCUUUUUGCAAGAAACAGUUGAAUUUUAAAGAUUUAUAUAUCACCCUUCAGUGGAGCAUGCAGAGUGGUUUAGAAAAACGAGAUAAAGAUACAAAAAAUAAAAAAUGCAUUAAAAGCUCUGGGGGAAAGAAAAAUGCUUGAUACCUAACAGAUUAUUGUGUUGGCAGCAGGUGGGCCUCUGGGGAGUCAGUUCCGCAUGCAGAGUGUCAAUAUGUUUUAUCAUUUCCUGCAACAUUACAGGGAUGAAGGUAGCCUUGCCAAAAGGUCAACACCAUUUUUUGAGGGUUGGGCCUGUCACGCAGGACAUGGGAGAACUUUAAUUUCUUCUCCAUUUUACACAAGCAUCUGUGCUUGAUCACUUUGAGGAGAUUCUUGCUCACCCCAAGCAAGUGGCUGUUUUCAGGUCUGCCCCAGUGCUGCCUGUACAUCUCGAUGAACUUGUUUGCGUUAUUAGAAAUUGCACCUGCCCACUUCUCCCUUCUAGUGUGACAAAGGCCACGGCAUCAGGGGACUGAGCCUGGAUCUUGUGUGGUUUUCUGUGCCAGAACUGGUGAUCAGAAGCCAGUAGUGAACAUAUUUCAUACUCUGCUGCUCAUAGGCAAACUGCCAGCCGGAUUGUUUUAUUUGAAGAGCCCUGUUUUGAGUGUGCUAAUGAAUUCUCAGGAUUGACAGACAAAUAUUUCUGAGUAGUCAUUUGCUUGUUUAAAUGCCUUUGUUUAAAAGCACUUUGCCUGGAGGGAAAGUGCCUGAGCCAGCAGCCGCUCGCUUUGAGGUUCCCAAGGAAGGAACCUGAAGGAAGUGUGAAAAAGAAAGAGCGUUUGCUUUGUUGCUGGCCUGGUCAGACAAGGAAAGUCCACAGUGCUGCCACCGCUGCUCCCAUUGGAAAGAGGAGGUUGGCAUCGCUGCCUUGUCCCAUUUGAAGCAAAAGUGAUGUAAGUUGAGUGGGGCCAUAAAACAGAGAGCCAUGCAUCUAUGACUCCACCCCCAUCGUUCUGCCCGGACACUGAGGUCCAGCACCAAGGACCUUCUGGCACUUACCUCACUGCGAGAAGCCAAGUUACAGGGAACCAGGCAGAGGGCCUUCUCAGUAGUGGUGCCCGCCCUGUGGAACGCCCUCCCACCAGAUGUCAAAGAGAACAACAACUACCAGACUUUUAGAAGACAUCUGAAGGCAGCCCUGUUCAGGGAAACUUUUAAUGUUUAAUGCAUUACUGUAUUUUAAUAUUUUGUUGGAAGCAGCCCAGAGUGACUGGGGAAGCCGGAUGGGCGGGGUAUAAAUAAUAAAUUAUUAUUAUUAUUAUUAUUAUUACUCUGUGUGUCUCCUUGAUGAGGCCUGUCAUGUUUUGCAAAUCAUUAUUAGGAAAAUUACAUGUUCUUAAUUUUUGUAAAAUUGUUUGUGUGUGUGUAGUGGCCCCACAUUUCUUUCUCUUUCUCUCUCUCUCUCUCUCUCUCUCUCUCACACACACACACACACACACACACACACACUGGGAGGAGUGGUGGGAUAUUGGCACGAGAAAUAAAUAAAUAAACCCCGUGUUUGGUGAGUGUGCCAUUUCAGCACUGUAGCUCAUCCAUCAGAGAUCCAUUGGCAGCUUCCACUGAGCAAAUCAGAAGGUGGUAUCUGAUUCCUGAACUGCCAACAGGACUGUGUAGUGUUGGGCUUUCAUGCACCACACUCUGUGAAGAAAAUGAUUUGCUACCUCUAAUGGAAUAGAGCAAGAACAGGGCUGGUGGAUUUCGAAGAAGCAACAUCCUUUUAACGCCCACCACUGCUUUCCUUUACGUAUAUUUGUCUGCCCUUCUGUUAUUAUUCAGGCCAACCCGAACAGCGAGGAGAUUUGGCUGGCUGCUGUGAAGUUGGAAUCUGAAAAUAACGAAUACGAAAGAGCAAGGAGGUUGUUGGCCAAGGCUCGUAGCAGUGCCCCAACAGCCAGGGUAAGCCAUGCGUAGCUCUGAGGGUAUUUCAGCAUUGAAACCACCACCCAGGUCCCAGUGAAUGUAUGAAACCACCUUUACAGACCUGGACACAUUUCUCUGUCUAGUCUAAUGGUGAUGGUUUGAGCAAAGGGUCUUUUUCCAAUCCUUCAUCCUUAAAGUCCUUCAACUGGAGGUGCUGGGGAUUGAGCCUGUGACAUAUUACAAGGGGAAGCAUCCGCUCUGGGACCAGUUACAGUCUGGGUCUUUUCAAUAGUUUUGCUUGAGUUGCUUUUUAAUAUUUUAAACAUCUUGCUUCCCAAGUGUUCAUUGUCCAGUAGAAACUCGAUUAAAUCAGUUGAAAUGAGCAACCAAACAGUACAAAAACUUACCGUAUUUUUCGAUCUAUAAGACGCACCAGACGCACCUAGUUUUUGGAGGAGGAAAACCAAGAAAAAAAAUAUAUUCUGAAUCCCAGAAGCCAGAACAGCAAGAGGGAUCGCUGCGCAGUGAAAGCAGCAAUCCCUCUUGCUGUUCUGGCUUCUGGGAUAGCUGCGCAGCCUGCAUUCGCUCCAUAAGACGUGCACACAUUUCCCCUUACUUUUUAGGAGGGAAAAAGUGAGUCUUGUAGAGCAAAAAAUACGGUAUUUAUGGGGCAUAAUAGCUCUCGCAAGCUGUGGGUGUGUUUGGACUGGAAUACGUGUGGUCUGGCUGUGACAGUCUUUGAGAUGAUCUCUCUCUUCCCCUCACCUUCAUCCUCUUAGGUCUUCAUGAAGUCUGUCAAACUCGAGUGGGUUCUUGGGAACAUUGCUGCAGCUCAGGAGCUCUGCGAGGAAGCGCUGAAGCACUACGAAGACUUCCCUAAGCUGUGGAUGAUGAAGGGGCAAAUAGAGGAGCAGGAGGAGCUGAUAGAAAAAGCCCGAGAUGCCUAUAACCAAGGGGUAAGGGCACAACCUGCUUCCUUUUCCUCUUCCCCACCUCUUCCUCAUUCCUUGGGGAGAAGAUGGAAAGCUCCAGCAGUAGCCUCUGCAGUCGAGCAUCCCUGUGGAAAGCCAAACAGGAGCAUCAGAGGUCAGGCUCCUGGCUCAGACCAUUGCAGCCACUGCAUCAACCUUGCAGUCGGUGUCAACGUUUUAUCAGGCAUGCCAGCAGUUCUUCUCUCACUCCCACCCCAGUAAUUCUUGCAUGCUUUUGCGUUACUGUUUGGCUCGGACAGAUGUUGUCCGUGAGGAUUAAUGAGUUGUUCCGGGAAAGUGACUGACUAGCGAGGCUGCUCUUUAAGUAUCUGAUCGAUAAACCAGACUCUCUAUAGACGUGCCCAGCUUGGACUUGUUAACGGAAACAGUUGCCUAAGGACAAACAAAUUCUUGUUUUCCCCACCCCCAUUCCAUGAUGGUUCAGAGAUAAUUCCUCCUGCCGUGAAAAGAGUCCAAUCCAAUAAAUACAGUUUGUAGCCACAGGUCUUUUCAGCAACCGAAGUGUCUGUGGCUACAAUUAUGUGCACAGUUGUGGCUUCUUGAGUAAGGCUUUAUUCCCUUCCAAACAGCUGAAGAAAUGCCCUGGUUCCAUACCCCUUUGGCUGCUGUUGUCCAGGCUGGAGGAGAAGGUCGGCCAGCUCACCCGAGCCAGAGCCAUCUUGGAGAAGUCUCGCUUAAAGAAUCCAAAGAACCAAGACCUGUGGUGAGCCUAUGGAGAUUCCGUGUCUUUCAUUUCUUAGAAAUCUCCUGCAGCUUCGCUAACCUUGAAACGUCGUGCUCUUCCCUCCCGCAGGUUGGAAUCCGUGCGAUUAGAAUACAGAGCUGGACUGAAGAACAUCGCCAAUACGCUGAUGGCCAAGGCUCUGCAAGAGUGUCCCAACUCAGGUGACAGAGGGGUCGUUUCUCUUUCGCGUGUUGGCCUUUGCUUAACCUUUGAGUUGACUUCUUUUAAAAACACAACCCUCUCAAUUAGCACCGCAACUUUAGGCCAGCUGGCACUAAAGCAAGCUCAGUGUGCCCACCCUUCAUACUGUGUGAGGCCCCCCCUCACAUGAUACCUGUCUGCAGUUUGUACUUCCAUAGCAUCCUUUCCCCUGUCCUGGCCAUUAGGACAAUCAUAAAGUGUGAGCAGGAUCUGUGGUUAUUCCCUCAAUGCCAAUAGAUAUUGGGCAAUCCAUGGGUUUGAACUUUGACAUUGCCAUGCCUCUUUCUGGUCCACUAAGCCCCAGUCUACCUAGGCCUCAUUCUCCUUCGAAACUCAUCAGACGUCUACCAGAUGGUGCAUGUUUCAGUUUCCUGACACAUCUCCCUCUGGAGGCUUGUACUCAGUCUUGUUUGCUUAUCUCUGAAGAGAUGAGAGCUGAUUCUUGAGAGAGGCUCUGUGUGGGUCUAUCUGUGGCAGUUAAAAUUCUCUAUGGGUGGUCCUAAUGAAUGGCUGGCUUGCCCACACCAAAAGUGCCCAGAGCAACCUUAACGCUUAUCUUCUAUGCCAAGCCGCCUCCUAUGGAGAAAAAGCCCUCCUUUGAUACUAAGCAAAUAAAGAGAUUGAAAACGGUCAGUUCAGCCCACCGGGGCUUAUUUCUUAGUCCUUGAAUGUUGAGAAAUGAAUGCAGUGACUGAAUAAAUGUUCUUUUGUAGUAAUCACCGGGAUGUUAAAAAUUUUUUUUUAUCUACGUAGUAAUUAAAUGAAGGAAGGGGCUGAUUUGGGGAGGGUGGGUUGGUUGCAGAUGUAGGAUAUAAAGCCCUUUAAAACAGGCAAACUCUGCGCUUCAGAUGUUUUGGGACUACAAUUCCCAUCAUCCCUAGCUAACAGGACCAGUGUUCAGGGAUGAUGGGAAUUGUAGUCUGGAGGGCAAGUUUGCCUAUGCCUGCUUUAAAACAAAGAGUCAUGAAAGCACAUCUGUGUAGGUCUGCUUUGCAGGAUUCAGGUGUGCUGCUUGAGCUCAUCCUGGCUAUCCAGAUGGGGUGGUGGCCGCAAUACAAACCAAGCCCCUCCCAGCCCACAUGGGAUAUUUCCCCCUCAGCCCAACCCCAAAUGGGCAGCUUGCCUGUGUUGCUUCCUUCCACAAAACAGGGUGUCAUGCUCCGAGUUGCUGGAUUUCACGAUUUGCUAUUUGGAUUCCCCCUCGCCCUUUAUGUGUUGAUUUUUUACUUCCCUUGGGUCAGACCUCUGGUCCACCUAGCUCAGUAUUGUCUACAGUGCUUGGCAGAAGCUCUCCAGGGUUUCGGUCAGGGAAUCUCCCAGCCCUACCUGAAGAUGGCAAGUGUUGAACCUCUGACCUUCUACAUGCAAAGCAAAUUCUCUGCCACUGAAUUACGGCCCUUCCCCCAAGUUUAUUUCUUUUCAUCUUUCUCUCUCCCCCUCCCUCCUUGAACACAACACCAUAGAUUAAAACUUGCCUAUGAUAACAUUUUUUUUAAAAAAAAAAUCAAGUAUGGAAAAACAGCGAUAAAACUCAAGCUUGUUAGAAAGCACAGCGGGAAAAGAGUCAAAACAAAAUUCAGGCCAAACAGUUCUUACAAUUGCAGAAGUUUAAUCAAGAGGGCUGCUAGAGAGACCUCUUGGUGCAAGGAAUUUUGCUCCACAGUUGCAAAAAUGUCUCACCAAUUGGUGCAGAGCUGCUAUGCUAGCUUCCUGGCAGGUACAAAGGGUCACUGUUGCUUUCCUGGGGGAAUGAGCCGGUGGGGACGUCAGCGCAGUGCUUGAGUGUUGCAUUGGCUGUUCCAGUGUGGUUGCAUCACACCAACCUCCCCAUCACCAUCCCAACCUCCCCUCCCCAGGAAGCAACAGGGGUUCAAAUAAUAAUAAUAAUAAUAAUAAUAAUUUUUAUUUAUACCCCAGCCAAGACCGGGCUCAGGGCGGCUAACACCCGAUAUAAAAGCAAAUUGAUUGAAAUACAACUUAAAAACAAGAUUAAAAUACAACAUUAAAAUAUUAAAAUACAGCCUCAUUUCAAUGGAAACUCAAAUCAAAAACUUUUUUCGGGAUGAAAACGUCAAGUCUUCACAAAGGCUAACUUUCCAGACUGGUCCUACAUGGGCCAGAAAAAAGCCAGGGAAGUCCCCACAUAGGAGUUCCAUCACAGGAGGGGAAAGGAAAAAAGAAGAGGGGGAGGGAAUCAAAUUGAUUCCAAGCCGAAGGCCAGGCGGAACAACUCUGUCUUACAGGCCCUGCGGAAAGAAAUCAGAUCCUGCAGGGCCCUGGUUUCAUGAGACAGAGCGUUCCACCAGGCCGGAGCCAGUGUUGAAAAGGCCCUGGCUCUGGUUGAGGCUAAUCUAACUUCCUUAGGGCCCGGGACCUCUAAGGUGUUGCUAUUUAUGGACCUUAAGGUCCUCCGUGGGGCAUACCAGGAGAGGCGGUCCCAUAGGUACGAGGGUCUUAGGCUAUGAAGGGCCUACUGGUAAGCUCACGUUUCAGCUCCACUCCACCUGGCGAGGUUGCUUCUGAGCAGGGACAUGCAAAAAGGGACAGGUGAGAAGCAUCAUUCAGAAGCACACUGUUCAGUUUGGGGAUCUCAGCAAUCUAAUCCCUUCUGUUUGUGUUGCCAGUAUUAGCACCUGCAGAGGUUUUAGUCUUCAGAGAGAUGCAGAAGUACUGAGCAUCUGCUGACAGCAAAUGUAUGCAAAACUACCUAAAUUAAAACGGUGGAGUCUUUUUGUGUGUGUGGGAGCCUCCUGGCUAGAAGGUUAUAAUACCUGCUGUGAGUAAGCAAUAGCAGCUUGCCAUUGUCUGUUACCUGGUGCGACUUCAACCUUCUUUGACUCUUAGGAAUCCUGUGGUCGGAAGCAAUCUUCCUAGAGGCAAGACCCCAGAGGAAGACCAAGAGUGUGGACGCUUUGAAGAAAUGUGAGCACGACCCCCACGUCCUCCUUGCUGUGGCCAAGUGAGUAACGGCGUCUGCUUUGCAAUCUGACUUGCAGGGUUUGUAAAGCCUUCUUUGGAUAAGAAAAGUCUGGAAUCCUAAGUAGUUCAGAAAGAUCAGGCCCCCCUUGGUGGACUUUGCUUAAAGGCUGAGCGAUCAAGAAGUUGCAUGAAGUUAGGAGCGGUCAGCACAUGCUCUGCACAGCUCUUCUUCCCCUUUUCCUUUCAUACUCCCCAUUUCUGGAGAAAACAUUUCCCAUUUUUAAAGACUUGUGGUAAAUCACAAAAAUUAUGUGUUGUGUUAAAAACAGUCAGUAAGCAUUGUACAAAUCCCGGAUCUCCAGCUUGAGCAGCUUUUAAUACGUUGAAGCAAACUGCAUAUGAUUUGAUUUUGAUGCCUAUGCUGGAGUGGCUGACAUUGGCUUAUUUGUUUACUUACUUACUUGCUUAUUUAAUUCCAUAAAAUUUAUACACUGCUUGAUUGUAAAAAAACAAACACACAAUUGAAGUGAUUUACAAAGAGAUAAAACAGUAAAUUCACUACCCUUCUUGAAAAUGUGCAAAAGUUUAAAUAUUAAAACAGGUUAAAAUUCCCUCAGCUGUUAAGCAACUUGAUAUGCCUGUCUACACAGGAAUGCUUUUAGCACAUUUGUCAGCCAUUAUCAAGUACUGCAAUGGCUUUGAAACUGUGUUCUGAGAAUAUCGGGAGUUUUCCUUGAAUGGAAAAUGAGUAGAGGUGGACACAGUCUUCUCACAAGGGCAGCUUUCCCUCCUGAUAUUCCCCUGUUAACGCACUAGGGAGCAUUGGCUGUGCUCUAGCAUGCUCUCCCUAUACAGACCCAACAGACCUGGCCAGAAUUGCCCCAUGGCGCUGGAGCAUUUGCCCCUCAGAACCGCCUGCAGUUUGCUCGCGUUCUGCUACAGACACUCAGGAGUGGGGUUGUUUAGUACAUGACCCGAUCAGCACUACUAAUUUGUUAUGAUAAGUUAAAUUUGCUCAAGGUUUACUUGGCUGUACAUGUAUCUUUGAAAUGAUUCCACCCCAACUUUGUUAACUUAAAAAAUCCCAGGGCAGAUGGAUUAAAGAUAGCAAAAGGGUUAGAAAAUUGCACGAAUGGAGAUAGAAAUUUUCAAAACCACUGGAAUGCUUGGCUUGGAGAGUCUAAACUCCAAGACAAAUGGGUAGGUUCCUGAGAGAUUUCAGGGUAAAUGAGUUCAUGUAGUUCUCUACAAAAACCGUCUAGCUUUUGCUGGUCAUCUAAGCAAUAUUUCAUUGCCCUAGUGACCUGUGUCCCUGCCCUGUGAUAUGGUGCAACCCAUCAUAAUCCAUGGGCUUUCAAAUGACUUUCAAGAGCAUCAGGUGUGAAUCUUACAGGUAGUGUUUCUUUCCUCUUAUCAGCCGCAAUCCAAAGCCGCAAUCAUGCAGCUCAGACUUGCAGGCAACCUUUCUAUCAAAUCACAGCAACUGAGAUUUGUUGGUCUUGACUGAGCCUGUCUUUUGAUGUGCAUAAAUUGAUCCCUGUCACAACACAACAAAACAAAAGCCAGUGCAGCUGGUUCAUUGGGGGACAAAUCUUAAAAGUGCACAAGCAGAUUUUUAGAACAUGCAGGCUGAAAAGCUCUGGAAUUAAGCAUAGCCCUUAGUUCUCCCUCCACAGCUGUGCCUGGCUGCUUCCCAGGUGGAUUUUCCGUAGCUAACAGCUGUGCUCUGUUGGAGAAGGGGAUCUCAUUUGGUUGCAGACUUCAGCAUUGUACACAGUCCACCAAGCGUGUCUCUUGACGCAGCUCCCAUUCAUUUCCACGGGGCACGCACAGGAACCACUUCUGCGGCACUGUGCCCAUCGUUCGUUCGAUCGGCAAUCUAAACAGUCUUCCAUUUCCUAAUCCCCCUGCCUGUUGGCAGCAGGCCAAGUUAGGUCUGUUUGUGUGUUUGCGGCAGAGUUGGGGCACCUAUUGCCCUCCUGGUAUUAUUGGGCUUUCAGCUACUGUCAGUUUGGCCAUGCUGGCUGCGGCUGAUAAAUAUUGGGGUCCCGGCAGCAUUUGGAGGGUCGCUCUUUCUCUAUCCCUCGUUGAUGGGACUGCUGUGCAGGUGUUGAAUGGAGUGCUGCAGGGUGGAUGAGCAUUGCACAAAUAAACUAAAGAGGGUCCUUUCUGGCUCGGCUAGAGAUGAUUUACUGCUUUCCCUGUAGUGACUCAUCUUUUAAAAGGCAGCUUAGCAUUUGCAUUUUAUCUCCUUGCAAAGGCCAAUAUAAUAUUCUGAAGAGCUUUCCAAAAGUUGUUUCCUCUGCAUAGGCUGUGUGACUAGAUACUGGUCAAGGCAAAUGCCCCGAUGCAUAAUGUGUUAUCAGAAUGGUGUUGCUGGUCUCCCCAGCUCACCUACUUCUUUAACUCUCUUUCCUCCAUAGGUUGUUCUGGAGUGAACGUAAAAUAACCAAGGCUCGUGAGUGGUUCCAUCGGACAGUGAAGAUCGAUUCUGACCUAGGGGACGCCUGGGCUUUCUUCUACAAAUUCGAGCUUCAGCAUGGCACAGAGGUAACUUCAAGGGAUCUGCCAAUCUUUAAUUGGACCCGCUGAGGAGAUUUUGCUGAUUUGGGGCACCUCAGUUUCCUGCUACUUUCCCUUUCCAAGUCUGCAAAAGUUGAGGCUGAGCAGGAUUCCAUGUUUCUUGGGAAGGCGCUUCAGUGAUCUUCUGGGGAGGGUGAGCAAGGAUCUCAUGGGAGUUCCUUCACCUGCUCCGUAUCUCUCCCCUUGGACAGGGCUUGCCUUUCUCGAAAGAGCACUUCUUGAUGGAUGUCACUCCCUUCCUUUCAAGUGCUUCAGCCGUUCUCUGGCAAAGCCCUUUUUAAAAAAAGGACGUGCUGUGCAAUGUACCUGCUACUUCAUACGUGGAAGCAGGGUGCAGUACUCCCGGCCUGUGGUUCCACAACUCCUCGGGCUGAUCUCAGGGCAUCCCCUUUGCAACGGUGAGCUUUUCCAUUGGCCCCAACACUGCCAGUCAUUUCAGCAACUGAAUGCACAUGACUGAGGACUGUGGAAUUCAUAGAGAGGGGUGGAUUGGCCUUCUCAGCCCAGGGAAACUGAACCCACAUAACAGGUCAGAGUUUAGGAAGAAACAUGUGCUUCCUUCUAAGCUGCAGUCCUAAAUGCACAUACUGGUGAGUGAGCCUCACAGAGUGCAGUGGGACUUCAUUUCUGAGUAAAGAUAUCUAGAAUUGCACCGUUCUUGGGGAUCCUUCUGGACGUCAAUGGUUAAAGCUGAUUCCUCUGCUGUUUUCUGUUUUCUCCCUGCAGGAGCAGCAAGAGGAGGUGAGGAAGCGCUGUGAAAACGCAGAGCCGCGCCACGGAGAGCUGUGGUGUGAGGUCUCCAAGGACAUCAGCAACUGGCAGAGCAAGAUUGGGGAGAUCCUGGUGCUGGUGGCGGCCAAGAUAAAGAACACCUUCUAGAGGGGAGAGGAGGCUUUGUUGAGCCACGCCGUGGCCUCUUUGCUUGGCUUGCCCCCUUGGACUUCGUCCCCGCAGGCUAUGGCUCCUGGAAGGAGUCUGGAGGGCAGAGAAAAGGGGGUGACUUUUUUCCCUGGUCAGGUUUAAAAGGAAAGCCAGUCCCUCCCCCAAGCGCUUCUUAAUGAGCAAAAUAACGAUUGUGUAGGGAGAGAGCUUUAUUUACCACCUUGGCCAUCCUGAAGCAUGAAUAGUGGAAACCUUGGCCUGUCAGCUGGCAAGCAUUUUAUUUCACUCUGCCUGGACUCCACCUGGUGUGUUACCUCUGAAAAGCAACUGAGCCUUUUUAGUUUUCCAAUACUCAGUUUGUCUUACUGUGUCCUCGAUGAAAGUGACUCCUAGCUGUUUAGGGCAUGGCAGCCUGCGGAACACAAACAGUGAAAUAUAACCUGUUUUCAAACAAGUUUAGCUGUCCUGGUGUUCCACAAGGGGGAUUCUCUCUGACAGAGAAUGUUAGGGAUCUUUAAGGAAAGUCUAAGACCUUUUCCGGAGUUUUCAGAGCUUCUUGUGUGGGAAGCUAUGAUGUUGAAACCAGUUCAGGUUUGCUGCGUAGAUGUGACCCCAUCGAUGCCUGAAAGGCAACGAUUGCUCAAAGACCCACAGAUGGCAGUAGAAAGGCAAAAGUUGAAAAGGUUGACUUCAGGAUGAGACCUGUUUGGAGCUCAGUGGGGUUAGGACAGAACUUCAACAAAAUGCCUUUAGCUACAUUAAAGUAGAGAGACUAUUUUGUCAAUUAUUAAAUUUCUCUCUCCGGAAUUAAGACAUGUCAUCUUAAGAGAAAGGUAUCGCAGGAGUAGAACAGCAGUUGAAAAUAGACUUUGCAGUCCGCAUGCUUAACCAUAGAAGUCGGUGGCAUAAGGCUGGAAAAGCAAGAAGGAAACCCCUUUCCAUGUCAAACAGAAGAGGCAGCUUUUUGGGAGGACAGAGGUGGGUCAGCGAGGUCUGUGGGUUGUACACAAAGCCCAGCAGGAAUGUCACCUGCGCACGUCCCAGUGAAAUGAAUGGGUGCAACACAAUUGUCCCCGCAGGUACGUGUGAACCUCCCAUUCAUUUCACUGGAACUUGCAUAAAUAUGUCCCAAUGACGGACGUGUGUGGCUGCCUUGGAUGAAAGCCUUUUUGUCGUGUAGAUGGAUUUUUAAAAAAAUAAAUCCCAGCUUGAGUCCCUCCCACAACACACCAAAGCUUUCCCAUCCCCAGAUGUCACAAUCCAGCACCCCUGACACCAUUCCUUUUCCCAAAACGUCUUCUGUGUUAAGAUAUAUCUUGUGUGUUUCUGGAUGAAACCUUGGUUGGUUUUUUUAAAAAAACAUGAACCAAUGAUGGUUGUACAUAGUAAGAAGCUGUAAAAUACAAUCCUGUUUCGUUUUGUGAUA